AUGCCUUUCCUUUUGAACCCCCCAGCAAACUCAUCUCCCGCUUCAUCAGCAGCACCUGCUGCAGGUGUGCGUACACGUCAAUCUGCAGCAAAUAAUCAAACAGGGCCCCCAGGGCCCCCCUCUCUUACAGACUUCUCCCCUUGGGGCCCCCCACCCGAUACCCGUCUCCCUGGGGGCCCCCUAUCCUGGGGCCCCCCUCUAGGGGGCCCCCAAGGCCCUCGUGGGGGGCCCCCUGGAGGGGGGCCCCUAAAUGGGGGGCCCCCAAAUGGGGGGCCCGCAACUGGGGGGCCCCCCACGAGGACCCCCAAAGGGGGGCCCCCUGCAGCAACCCAGGGGCCCCCCGUAGGUGCCCCUGAGGAUACAGACAGCAGCAGCAGCAGCAGCAGCUGCACGGGCCUACCCGCCGGUAAAGCACCGCGUGCUGUAGAAGGAGCAGCAGCAGCACCAGCAACAGCAGCUACAGCAGCAGCAGCAACAGUACCAGCAGCAGCAACACCUACAGCGGGCGAUGCAGCAAAAUCUGCUGAACCAGAAGGAGCAGCAACAGCAGCAGAAGCAACAGAAGCAGAAGCAACAGCAGCACCACCGGCAGCGAGUUCACCUACCGCAGCAGCAGCAGCAGCAGCAGCAGGAUCGACGCGAGCAGCGACACCGCCGCAGGAGGCUUGUGCUUCUGCUGCUGAUUGGGAUGUGCAUACACCUGAACAGCAGCAGCAGCAGCAGCAACAGAAGCAGCAGCAGCAGCAGCAGCAAGACUGUCCUGUUUUCCCUGGGGGAGAGUACUCGGGGCAGAAGAUAAGCAUGGCUACCAACCCGGCGUCUGCUGCUGCUGCUGCAGCAGCAGCAGCAGCAGCAGCAGCAGCAGCAGGUAGCUCCUUAGGGAAUUUGCAGCUUCACUGGAACCCUCACAUGAGGCCUCCCCACACGGUCUUAUGGCCGGAGGCGCAGCAGCAGCAGCAGCAGCAGCAGCAGCAGCAACAGGCGCAGCAGCAGCAGCUGCUGCAGUCAAGUGACUUUCUUACUGUAGCUGCUGCUGCUGCUGCUGCUGCAAGGCAGCUGCAAACCUCAGACUGCUGGGGGUUUGUUAAGGGAGAGCCCCCGCUGGCUGCUCCAACGCUCUUUCGCAGCAACAGCACCAGCAGCACAAGCAGCAGCAGCAACAAUCACAGCAGCAGCAUCAGCAGCAGCGUCAGCAGCAGCAGCAGCCUCGUUUAUUUACCCUUGGGAGCGGCGACUCCUUUCAUGCCUCUGCCAGGCGGCAGCGGAGAGGAAUCUGCUGCUGCAGCAGCAGCUGUUGCUGCUGCUGCUGCAGCACCAGCAGCAACAACCACUGCAGCAGCAGCAGAGCAGCAGCCUGUCCUUGCAGGCGCCGUGACAAAGCACCUGCAACACCUACAGCCAGCAGCAGCAGCAGGAGCAGCAACAACAGCAGCAGCAACAGCAGCAACAACAGCAACAGCAGCAGCAGCAGCAGCAGAAACUCCCUCCUUCUGGAUCCCCGCGGAAGCGUGGCAAGAGAAGCUGCUUCCUGCUGCUGCUGCUGCUAUUCUUGCUGCGGACACGCAGUCAGCAGCAUCACCAGCAGCAGCUUCUGCUGCUGCUGCAGCUCCUGCUGCUGCUGCUGCUAGUACCUCGUGCGGGGAUGAGGGGUCGUCAACUGCUGGAAGUACAGAGACCUCUCCUCCAGCUGUUGCUGCUUCUGCAGAUGAUGAUGCUGCUGCUGCUGCUGCUGGCACACGCGGUACAGAAGCAGCAGCAGCAACAGCAGCAGCAGCAGCAGCAGGAGACGCCGGAUGUAGCACAGCAGGAGACGAAUCCUCCUCGCCGUCUCCCUCAUCAUCAUCAUCAUCAUCAUCAGCAGCAGCAGCAGCAGCAGCAUCAUCAUCAUCAGCAGCAGCAGCAGCAGGAGCAGCAGCAGCAGCAGCAGCAGGAGCAGCAGCAGCAGAAGGCAGUGUUGGGGGUGCGCACUUAACCCCGUUAUUUUCGCUGCGGCAGCUAAGCUGCAGCAUUGAGACGGUGUGGGGCCCCCCUGUUGCUGCAGCAGGGGCCCCUGUUUGGAGGCUGCACUUGCAUGCAGCUUUAUGCGGUGUUGUAUUAGCAGGCAGAGGAUGGCUGAGAGUCGUUGAAGGAGAGAGAGAAGAGAAAGUUAUGUUAACAAAGGGUGCAGCCUUUUGUGUCCCUCCUUUGAUUGCGCAUCUAUUUGCUGCUGCAGCAGAAACGCCGCUAGUGCUGUUCGUUGCUUACUCUCCCCCGCUUACAACGCAUGCAAGCAGCAGCAACAGCACCUACUGCAGCAGCAGCAGCAGCAGCAACAGCAACAGCAACAGCACCACCAAUAGCACUGGCAGCAGUAUAGGCGCGUACUAUACAGGCACGCAUGCCACCGGGUUGGCUGCAGCUGCUGCGCAGCAGCAGCAGCAGCAACUGCAGCAGCAGCAGCAACAGCAGCAGCAGCAGCAGCAGCAGCUGCAGCAACAUCUCGUCCAGCAGCUGCAGCAGCUUUCCUUGCCGCCCAUGACGGACACAGGUUCAGCAGAGCUGCAGCCAACUGCAGCAAACGCAACAGCAGCAGCAGAAGCAGCAACCGAUAGGCAUGACCCUGCGCAGCAGCAGCUGCAGCAGCAGCAGCACAAGCAGCAGCAGCAGCACAAGCAGCAGCAGCAGCACAAGCAGCAGCAGCAGCAGCAGCAGCACGGAUGCGACCCUUGGGCCUUUGAAGAGACUGCGGGGCCCCCAUAG